AACAAACACUAAAUUGACGGAUUCACCCUUGUACGUGUCACGUUAAAUAAGGUUAUUUCGGUAAUUGACUGGGUCCAGUGGUCAUUCAUUGGACCAUAUAUUUCAGAAUUACGAUAGUAUAAAUCAGUCAACGCCCGGCAUUUAUUUCGUUUCUUCCAGCUCCAGGUUCUCUGAGAAAACCCUUCCCCGAAAUACUACAAACGCAUCCAUGGCGUACAAUCCGGGCAACAAUGUCCGGCUGGACCCGCAGUCGGCAGCGGAGAAGGCCGUCUCAGUUAUCGGAUUCGGUUACGAUCUAACGAUGGAUCUCCGGCUAGCCGCCUGCAAGCCCGGACCGUCUGGGUCGGGUUUGAUAUACCUGGACCGGACCCGAACCAAGGACUUAGUGGUUCCUGGAAACGUCGUCGUUUCAGGCGUCUCUGCUUCUAUCAAGUGCGAUAAAGACGAACGGACUAGGUUUAGCUCCGACGCUCUCUCCUUCAACCAGAUGUCAGAGCAAUUCAACCAGGAAUUAUCUUUAUCCGGUAAAAUACCUUCUGGCCUGUUCAAUGCAAUGUUUGGAUACAAGGGUUGCUGGCAGAACGAUGCAUCCACCACAAAGAUUCUCGCUUUUGAUGGUUGGUUGAUUAGUUUGUAUAGAAUCGAGUUGGAAAGAUCUCAAAUAACUCUCUCUGAUAAAGUCAAACAAGAAGUUCCUUCCACCUGGGAUCCCGUUGCACUUGCUUCGUUUAUUGAUAAAUACGGCACUCAUGUCAUAGUUGGAGUAAAGAUGGGAGGUAAAGACGUAAUUCAUAUUAAGCAGCUUCAAAAUUCAAAUCUACAGACCGCUGAAGUGCAAAAAUUGUUAAAGCAGUUGGCUGAUGAAAAUUUUCGUGAAGACGGAAACGAAAAGCCUGAAAUUUCAUCGUCAGGAAAAUCGAAGAUUGAACAAUCUAUGAUCUGGGAUCUACAGUUACCAUUUGCAAGUACAGUAAGACCACCUGUCGUUUCUCACUCCAAAACUGAUGAUUUGUUCAGCGUUCAUAUCAGACGAGGAGGUUUGGAUAACGGUCAAAGUCAUAAUCAGUGGCUUUCGACUGUAUCACAGUUCCCUAAUGUGAUAUCAAUGUCUUUCGUGCCUAUUGCAUCGCUUUUAAGUGGUACACGAGGCAGUGGAUUUUUAACCCAUGCAAUUAAUUUAUACCUAAGAUAUAAACCACCACUAGAGGAACUCACUCAAUUUCUGGAAUAUCAAUUGCCUCGGCAGUGGGCCCCAGCAUUCAAUGAUCUCCCUCUCGGUCCUUGCCGCAAGAAAAAAUCAUCCCCGGCUCUUCAGUUCACAUUAUUGGGGCCUAAGCUUUAUGUCAAUACCGUAAAGGUGGACACAUGCAACCUACCCGUGACCGGAAUCCGCUUAUUCUUGGAAGGAAAGAGGAGCGACCACUUAGCCAUCCAUCUACAACAUCUAUCAACUCUCCCACAAUCUCUCCAUCUCUCGCCCGACCACACGUACGAACAAGUAGACGAAUCCAUAGACAAGGCAUAUUUCGAACCGGUCAAGUGGAGCAUUUUCUCCCACAUAUGCACCGCCCCCGUUGAGUAUCACGGGGCCCGCAUCGAUGACUCAGCGUCCAUCGUGACAAAGGCCUAUUUCGAGGUGAAGGGGAUGGGCAUGAAAAAGGUCCUCUUCCUGAGGCUCGGAUUCUCUACGGUAGCGUCCGCAGUAAUACGGCGGUCCGAAUGGGACGGGCCGUCGACUUCGUCGAAAAAAUCGGGGCUGAUGUCAAUGCUGAUGAGCACACCGUUCAGCAGUGCGCUGAGUCAGCAGCAGGAUAAGAAUAAGAAGGCGGUGAAGGUGGAUUUGAACUCGGCUGUUUAUCCGGGCGGGCCGCCCACGCCCGCGAGAGCACCGAAGAUGGCCCACUUUGUUGAUACGAAAGAGAUGGUGCGGGGCCCGGAAGAUGCUCCAGGCUAUUGGGUGGUGACGGGUGCGAAGCUAUGCGUUGAGGUGGCGAUGAUUAGGAUUAAGGUGAAGUAUUCUCUGUUGACUAUUGUUUCGGAUGAUUCUUUCUUGAUGUGAGAGGGCAUAACUGAAAUUUUCAAUGGAAGUUCGUGUUUGUGUACAUUUUGCUGUUCUUAUACCAGUUAAUGAAAAAGAUUAUUUGUAGCUUGUGUUCAAAACACUACCAAAAGAAAAAAAUGAAAAAAUGUUUCAUCAUUUAUUAAU